UCGUGUUCUAUGGAGUUUCAUCUGUAAACAAAAUUUUUUGAAAAACUCAAAACAUAAUAUUAUCCGAUUAUCCAAUAAAUGAUAACAAUUUGAUUAUUUAGUACUGUCUGUAGUUUAAUCGGUUAAUGAUAUAUUUACAGGAGAUAUUAGAAAGGUAAUACAGGUCAAAAACUGAAGAGAAAUGGUUCUCACAAAGGAGUACCGAAUAUGUAUGCCCUUAACAGUGGAAGAGUACCGAAUCGGACAACUUUAUAUGAUUGCUAGACAUAGUUUGGAACAAUCUGGAGACGGUGAAGGUGUGGAGGUUGUUGAAAACAGGGAAUGUUUUGAUGAGAAGCAUGGUAAAGGGCAAUUCACAGAGAAACGAAUACACCUCUCAAGUCGUCUUCCCUAUUGGGUGCAAUCUAUAAUACCAAAGAUAUUUUAUGUGACUGAAAAGGCAUGGAAUUUUUAUCCAUUCACAAAUACAGAAUAUACAUGCUCCUUCAUUCCGAGAUUCAACAUAUCAAUUGAAACUAAAUAUGAAGAUAACAAUGGAUGUUCAGAAAAUUGUCUCGGUUCAACUCCGGAGCAAUUGGCCGAAAGGAUCACCGACCACCUGGACAUAGCGUACGAUGAGGUGUCCGCCAAACACUACAAAGAAGAGGAGGACCCGCGAUUUUUCCAGUCGAAAAAGACGCAUAGGGGCCCUCUGGUGGACGGUUGGAGGUCCAACUACCAGCCCAUCAUGUGUUCCUACAAACUAGUGCAUGCCUCGUUCGAGGUGUUCGGGUUGCAGACCAAAGUAGAAGAGUUUAUUCAUUCUUGCGUGCGAGAAGUGCUCCUGCUCGGCCACCGACAAGCGUUCGCAUGGAUCGACGAGUGGAUCGACAUGUCCAUGGCAGACGUGCGCGUGUACGAGUCCAGCCUCCAACAGCAGACCAACAGCCUGCUCCAAGGGCAGAGUGGGCGUCCGCUGGGAGGGCAGACGGAGAGCCUGCCCGAACGUGACGCGCCGCCCGUCUCGCGUCGCAUUUCGGGAGGCGGGGACGCAGGCGAGAGUCUGUCGCUGGGCGGCACUGCUCCCAGUUCGCCGAAGGAGCCGAAGAGUCCGGCGAGGAAGGGGUACUUUUCGAAUUGGUUCUAGUCAGAAGGGUGUCGUUACUUAUAUAGCGUUU